ACUAAUACAGUUUGCAUCCGCCGGUUAACAAAGAAGAAGAAGAAGAAGAAGAAGAAGAAGCAACCCGGAAAAACAGCUGGAGAAGAGGCAGUCAUGUAUUGUACACAGCAGCGCUAAAACGCAGCAAAACAGAGCAGCCAUGACGUGCUCUUGCCCUCGCCUGUGCUCCCGCUCGUCGGCCUACACGCUGGCCUUGGGCGUGGGUUUUGUCACCCUGGGCACGAGUCGCAUCCUGCUGCUUAAAUUCUCCGCCAACGCCGAGAACAAAUACGACUUCCUGCCGGCAUCUGUCAACUUGCUGGCGGAGGCGCUGAAGCUGGUCUUCUGCCUUAUCAUGUCAGUCAGGGUGUUCAUCCAAGAGGGGCGCUCAUGCAGAGAGCUUCGCUCGUCCUCUGUCUUGUCUCUCCUCGGAACUCUUAAGUGGGCGAUCCCUGCUUUCCUCUACUUCCUUGACAACCUUAUCAUCUUCUACGUCAUGACCUACCUACAGCCUGCCAUGGCUGUCCUGUUCUCCAACUUUGUUAUCCUCACCACGGCUGUUCUCUUCAGGAUUGUUCUAAAGCGGCGUCUGUCCUGGGUGCAGUGGGCAGCGUUGGUCAUGCUCUUUCUGUCCAUCGUCUCCUUGACAACAGGAUCAGGGUCCAGCCAGAAGUCCGUGUCCGUGCUUGGUGUCCACUCCAACUCCCUCUCCAGCCCGUCCAACUCCUGCCGGCUGUACACGCAGCUGCUGGAGCAGAUGAAGAACAGCAGCGCCAACGGCUCGUGGUUGUCCGCCCUGCCCGGCCAAGCGUGGAGGGACAGCCUGUUGGAGAAGCUGCGCUUCCUGGGCGUGGGCCACAUACUGCUCCUCCUGCAGUGCUUCAUCUCGGCCAUGGCCAACAUCUACAACGAGAAGAUCUUCAAGGAAGGAGACCAGCUCACCGAGAGCAUCUUCCUCCAGAGCAGCAAACUGUAUGCCUUUGGCUUGAUGUUUAAUGGAUUGACCCUUGUCACUGGUCAAGAGGCUCGGGGUCUCACCGUCCACUGUGGCCUCCUUCAUGGACAUAACGUCUACUCUCUCGCUCUGGUGGUGGUCACUGCUGCCCUGGGUCUAUUCGUGGCCUUCAUCUUGAAGUUCCGAGACAACAUGUUCCACGUGCUGUCGGGCCAGAUCACCACGGUCCUGGUCACCGCCCUCUCCCUCUUGCUCUUCGACUUCCACCCUUCUCUGGACUUCUUCCUGCAGGCUCCCAUGGUCCUACUGGCCAUCUUUAUCUACAACGCCAGCAGGCCCCGGGACCUGGAGUACAGCCUUCAGCAGGAAAAACUGCGGGUCAUCAACGGGGAGGUGUUAAAGAGGUCCAGAGGGGACGGCGAGGAGCUGGAGCUGCUGACAAAGACCAACACGGACAGCGAUUCCGAAGAGUCGUCUUUGUAGCGCACAGGAGUGUUCAAGUAGGAAAAAUGUUGUCUUCUCGUGGCUGGCCCAGCGCAGGGCCGAGUUACAACGUCGGUGCCGUGAUGAACUCGUGACAGGUUUGUCUUGUCCUGCGGUCCAACCUCAGUAAGGAAAGGACGUAAGUCUUCUGCUGUAUUUCGUUCCAUUUGGAAUCCUCAUCCAUUUUUUUUUUCAAAUCUUUGCAAUCGUGAGUCAAUUUUGAGGAACGUGACCAAUCUAAUAUUUCAAAAACGUUUGCAUCUUAAGGCAAAGAACAACAAAUAUUUCUUUUUUGUGAUCAUUUUUGUCCUGUCGCACUGCAAGUAUUAUUUUUUUGAGUAUUUAUGUAUUAAAAAGGAAGUCUUUGUUUGUGCCGCUUGUGCUAAAUGGCUAAUAAACGGCAAGUAUUCUGCA